AUGUCGGGCCCAAAUUCAGCUGCUCCGAUCACUCCAGCUGCGCGCCUCGAGGCAGAACAAGAACUCCAGCGACACCUUGAAAGUAUCACAAACGCCAUGGCUGUGAUCACAAAAGAGAAGAAGAUCGUCGACCGCAUGAACGGACAUCAUCACUUCAAGUACAAGAUCACAAAGAUCCCUUCAGAGAUCUACCUCAACGAGGCGUCGGACCAGCCCAAUGACCCUCUUUCCAAGCUGGAUAAUGAUGCGAUGUAUCGCAUCUUCCAGUCUCUGCCCCUGGACGCCGACCGAGCCGCGCUGGCCUUGACCUGCAAAAGACACGCCGACACGUACGAGUUGCUCAAGGAAAAAAAGUGGACAGUGACUGUGGACGGCGUCAAGAAAAGAGAGUACUACCUGCCACGCCCGCAGCGAGUUACUGAUAUCCAUCGUUUGCAAGUGCUUGUCCGCGUCAACAAGGGAUUCAUGAAUCCAGAAGGAAAAUGGCGGCUCUGCUACAAUUGCAACCAGUUGAUCGACACCACUCAUCCAGACAAUCAAGGAACAUGGGGAGGAGACCGGGCAGACCCAAGUGUCGAGAAUGCCGGAGCAACCAAGCGUGCAAGGAUCCGCGGUCCGCGAUGCCCUCUGUGCGUCCGUGCCGAUCAACUGCAACUAGCGAACCACCGCGCCGAGUUUGCUCAAUUCAAGCGCCUAGCAAAGGGCAUCACCAUGAAAGAGACAGCCUAG